GGGGAAAAGGACAACACUAGAAUCCAGCGGCUCUGGAGUGAAAGGGUAGGACGAUCAACAGUGGCACCGCUUUCCUUUCGUGCUCCGACGGAGAACUUAACGGCUGACCGUUCUCUUCUCCGUCUCCUCCUCACACCUUCUCAUCCACUCUUUCUCCUGCUCUCCCUCUUCCUCUUUGCUCCCCGUCCAAUCCAUCCAUCGCCGCAGCCACCGCAGUCUUCAGCCGCUCAGAUUAGAUCCCGCCCUGCCCCGGGUUCUUGAACUGUCUCUUUCAAGAUCGCUGUCGUUCCUUAUUGAAGCGUAUCCGUCUGAGUUUAUCCCUGAAAGACACGUAUGAUGUGAUAUCCAAAUUCUUAUGCCAAGAGGUGAUUUCAUUUGUUUGUAGAGGGAUGAAAUUGGGACUAAAUGGACUGGUAGGUAAGCAGCUUUCACUCACACUUGUCAUCAUCUUCACAACACUCCUUAUUUGGAAAUGGGUGAGAACGCCAUACGAAGAUUCUUUCCACCAGCUACAGGACCUGGAUUUGUUUUCUCAAGUUGCUAAGGUAGACUAUGCGAAUCAGCAUCCUUUAGCCGAGGAAGACUUCCCUAAUGCUGAGAUAGCUGGCCAUCAUACAAGUGAAACUGUGGUUCAAGUUGUCAGUGAUAAUAUUGUUGGCCCUACAACAGCUAGUAAACAAACAGAAGAUGCUAAGGGUUUUCAGUCACAGAUCAGAGAAGACAAAGUAUGUAACUUUGCAAAGGGAAAAUGGGUGGCUGGCAAGGGAAGACCUUUGUAUUCAGGUUUUGAAUGUAAACAGUGGCUCUCUGAGCCUUGGGCAUGUAGAUUGACUCAGCGUACAGAUUUCUCCUAUGAAAAAUUCAGAUGGGAACCAGAAAAUUGUGAUAUGCCAGAGUUUGACGGCACCAAUUUCUUGAGAAGGAUGCAGGACAAAACUAUUGCACUUGUAGGGGAUUCCUUGGGAAGACAGCAAUUUCAAUCGCUCAUGUGUAUGGUCACUGGUGGUAAAGAAAGGCCAGAUGUUGAAGAUGUUGGACUACAGUAUGGUUUUACCAUGGGCCUGAACGACAAACGACCCAAUGGUUGGGCUUACUGGUUCCCGUUCACAAACACUACCAUCUUGUACUACUGGUCCGCGACGCUCUGUGAUGUGGAACCUCUGAAUGUGUCAGAUCCAGCCACUAGUUAUGCCAUGCAUCUUGAUCGACCAACAUCAUUUUUGAAGCAAAAUCUCCAUAAAUUUGAUGUUCUGGUUCUUAACACUGGCCACCACUGGAACAGAGGGAAGCUUAGAGCUAAUAGGUGGGAAAUGUUUGUUAAUGGAACACCCAACACUGACAGAAGGCUUGCAGCCAUGGGUAGUGCCAAAGAUUUUGCAGUUCACAGGGUUGUCGAGUGGUUAGAUAGCCAGCUACCGCAUCAUCCAAGACUGAAAGCAUUUUUCCGUUCGAUAUCUCCUAGGCAUUUUUUUAAUGGAGAGUGGAAUUCUGGUGGUACUUGUGAUAAUACCAAACCCCUGACUGGAGGAAAUGUGGUUUCACAAGAUGCUGCUAUUGAUGCUGCCGCGGCGAGUGCAGUCAAUGGCACAAGGGUUGUGCUUUUGGAUAUCACUGGGUUAUCUCAACUGAGAGAUGAAAGUCACAUAUCCAAGUACAGUAUCAAAGGCACUGAAGGUGUUCAGGAUUGCUUGCAUUGGUGCUUGCCUGGUAUACCUGAUACAUGGAAUGAGGUCCUGGCCGCUCAGCUUUAACGCGAUCGAGCAUUUCUGCCAUUGUUUUGUCUGAACUGGAAAUAUUCCGGCAGAUCCAAUGUUUUGCUCCAAUGUUCAUUUUUACCUCGCCAACUGAUGGUUUUUGUUUGACGGGCAAGAACCUUUUAUAUCAUGAAAAUUUUAUAUA